AGCAUAUAUAAGUCACCCGAUUAUACAGCGGGUCAGCCGGCAGCUUCAUUUCAAAACAGUACUCGUUUCUUCUUCUUCCUCUGAUCCUCUCCUGUUGUAUCUCCAACUAGCACGGCAGCCAUGGUCCUUCCCCACCAAACACCCUAUGUCACCCCGCACAUCCUUCAUCGCAACUAUGCUCAGGGACAUGACAAUGAGUGCAUCAACAACCUCAUCGGUCGUGACCUCGAGUACUUCUCGCAGGCCGGCUUCGACAUGGAUCGUAUCCAGUUAAAGCGCAACGCCGCCCCUGCUCAACUUUACGAGGAUGCCAUCAAAAACGAAGGCGCCGUCAUUUCCUCUUCUGGUGCUCUCAUCAACUUCUCCGGUAAGAAGACUGGCCGGAGCCCCAAAGACAAGCGUAUUGUCUACGAGGACACAAGCAAGGACGACAUUUGGUGGGGAUCCGUCAACAUUAAGAUGGACGAACAUACAUUCGAAAUUAAUCGCGAACGUGCCAUCGAUUACCUCAACACUCGCGACAACGUCUACGUCUUUGACGGUUUCGCAGGGUGGGAUCUCAACUACCGCAUCAAGGUCCGAGUGAUCUGCGCCCGCGCCUAUCAUGCUUUGUUCAUGAACAACAUGCUUAUCCGCCCAACCGAAGAGGAACUUGCCAACUUUGGCGAGCCUGACUUCAUCAUCUACAAUGCUGGCCAGUUCCCCGCCAACCGUUUCACCAAGGGUAUGUCCUCGACGACGUCAGUCGAAAUCAACUUCAAGCGUAUGGAGAUGGUCAUCCUUGGAACCGAGUACGCUGGUGAGAUGAAAAAGGGAGUCUUCUCCGUCAUGCACUACCUCCAACCGGUCAAGUUCGGCCAGCUCUCUCUUCACUCCUCUGCAAACGUUGGCAUCGACAAAGGAGACGUUACUCUCUUCUUCGGUCUCUCCGGCACGGGAAAGACUACGUUGUCCGCUGAUCCUCGUCGCUUGCUCAUCGGUGACGACGAGCAUGUCUGGUCGGACAACGGUGUUUUCAAUAUUGAAGGAGGUUGCUACGCCAAGUGCGUCAAUCUUUCGAGGGAGAAGGAACCGGAGAUAUAUGAUGCCGUCCGAUUUGGCUCGAUCCUCGAAAAUGUGGUGUAUAACCCACUGACGCGCCAGCCCGACUACGAUGACGUGAGCAUCACCGAGAACACUCGUUGCGCGUACCCGAUCGAGUACAUUCCGAAUGCGAAGAUUCCAUGUAUCGUUGAGAGGCAGCCGAGUAACAUCAUCAUGCUGACUUGCGAUGCCUUCGGUGUGCUUCCGCCCAUCAGUAAGCUGUCGCCUGAGCAGGCUAGUUAUCACUUCCUUGCUGGUUACACCUCGAAAACCCCGGGAACCGAGGACGGUGUCCUGGAGCCCAUCCCUACCUUCUCGACGUGCUACAGCGCACCUUUCAUUGUCCUCCACCCUUCGCGCUAUGCCGACAUGCUCGCAGAACGAAUGGCCAAACACAACGUCCCCUGCUGGUUGGUCAACACCGGUUGGACAGGUGGCAAGUUUGGUACCGGCAAGCGCUGCAAGCUCUCAUACACCCGUCGUAUCGUCGAUGCGAUCCACUCCGGGGAACUCCUUGAUGCCGAGUAUGAGACUUUCGAUGUCUUCGGUCUGCAGAUCCCCACCAAGAUCGAGGGCGUGCCUCGGGAACUUCUUAACCCCAAGCUGGCAUGGACAGACAAGGAUGCCUUUGAGCGCGAGGUCAGGAAGUUGGCAAGCAUGUUCCAGAAGGCGUUCAGGCUUUACGAAGGCGACGUCAGGGAGAACGUGCGGGUAGCUGGCCCCAGAUUUGACUGAGAAGCUUCGAGAUUUGUUGUACAUUGAGAUCUAUUUCCUGCCAUCUUAAAAUGCAAAUGCCUGGUCGUAGAAAAAUACCACAUAGGAUAUGGGCACAAAGAGUCAUGGCGAUGCCCUGACGUUGCGCCGGUCCCAGCGCGUGUGUAAACCUUGUGCGCUGAGCAAAGAAACCACCCCACACUCGAUUGGGCCCCCAACUCCUGCAUCCCGCAUCCAGGUAGAUACUUGACUCAUCAGGGUAGCUCCUUGGAAUCCUGACGAUAAAAAGCGCAUUAAACUUUCUGCGUCAACAAUCGGUU